GGCCUUAAAGUAGCUGUGCCUCUGGGUGUAACCGACCGUGCCGCUUUUCCAAGGGCGGGCUGUAAGCAGAAAAGAUCGACGCUGGGGCUGCGGCUGAGAUGAGACAGAGCAAAUAGUUCUUGGCCAUGCCUCACACUAAAUGCAGAUCCAGAGAUGCUGUAGAAUGAGAAAAGAGGAGUGAUUGGAGGUGGCAUAAGACACCACCUUGUUUCUUGCUGUGGCCCGAGCGGAUGCGGCCCGCCAGAAUGAGGAUCAUUACACUGCAUACCUGGAAAUAUUGGUAAGCCACAGUCGCAACAUCGGAGACUAAACACUUUCGCGUCUUGGGUUUAUCAAUGAUUGUCAAGAGCUAGCAGAGCGAUAUACGCAUCUCUGAUAUCAUCUCGGGUAUAUAAGAAGAAAGGCACACGACACAAUGAAUCUUCAAAUCAUCACCAUCAGUAUUACAUCAUGGCACCUACCAACAGUCUUCUCUACAAAAACUUCCAGAAACAUCCCGCUGCUCUUAUUGAGUCGACGUCCGGGAUUUAUCUCAACACUAGCGAUGGGCGCAAGAUUCUAGACGCUACGAGUGGAGCGGCUGUUGCGUGUCUGGGCUAUGAUAACAAGGACGUUCAGAAAGCUGUUGUAGAGCAGCUUGUGAAUGUUCCGUAUUGUCAUCCGGGCUUUUACAAGACUCAGGCGGCGGAAGAUCUUGCGGGUUUUCUUGUCCAGUCUACGAAUGGUCUUAUGUCCAAGGCUGUUCUCUGUGGAUCAGGAUCUGAAGCUGUCGAAGUAGCCCUCAAACUUGCGAAAACACACUUUUCUCAUCUCGCUAUCCCUCAGACCGAACGAAGUCACUUCAUAGCUCGCGUGGGAGCUUGGCACGGCGCUACACUCGGUGCUUUGACACUGGGCGACUUUAAAGUACGAAAAGACCCAUUCGUACAAAUGAUUUCGCAGAAUGCUUCGCGUGUAUCGGCAUGCAGUGCAUACAGAGGCCAGCGCGACGGUGAAGAUGACGAGGCGUAUGUUGCACGUCUCGCGCAGGAACUCGAUGAUGAAUUUCUGAGGGUUGGGCCUGAUAAGGUUUGCGCUUUUGUGGCUGAGACUGUUGGAGGGAGUGCGAGUGGGUGUGCUAUGCCCUUGAAGGGAUAUUUCCCUGCCAUGAAGGCUGUUUGCGAAAAGCAUAACGCUCUUCUUAUCCUUGACGAAGUCAUGUGCGGAAUGGGCCGUACGGGCACCCUUCACGCUUGGGAGCAGGAAGAUGUUGUUCCUGAUAUUCUUGUCGUCGGAAAGGGUCUUGGUGCAGGAUACGCUCCUGUCUCUGCAGUCAUGAUCAACGCAAAGCUCGUUGAGUCGUUCCAGAAAAGCGGCAAGGGCUUUGCGCACGGUCAGACAUACAUGGCUCAUCCCCAAGCCGCCGCUGCUGCCCUGAAAGUCCAGCAGAUCAUCCGCGAUGAAAACAUGGUAUCGCACGUCCGCUCAAUGGGCGCGUAUCUCGGCCAACAACUCAAAGAGCGCUUACUCCCCAUGCCCUACGUCGGCGACAUUCGAGGCCGCGGGCUCUUCUGGGCCGUUGAAUUCGUUACCAACAAAAAGACCAAAACACCCUUCCCCUACGAUCUCGGCCUGAACAGCUUGUUGCACUCACGCGGAAUGAGUGCUGGGUAUGAAAUCGCGCUGUUCAACGCUAAUGGAGGGUAUGAUGGAUACAGUGGAGAUCACUUCUUGAUCUGUCCGCCUUUUAUUGUUACGAAGGAGGAUGUUGAUGAUAUUGUGGAGAGGACGGCGCGAGUGAUUGAGGAUACGUUUGAGGAGUUGGGUAAGGCGGCGGUUUGGGAGAAGAUUACCCUGCAGAUGGAGAUUGAUGAGGUUGAGGUUAAGCCUGUUGGGGCAAUGGUUGCUGCGCAGUGAGGGAAAAGCUUAUAAAUUGAUUUUUGUAUUUAUUUAGUAGAUUUUUGAUGAUUAUGUGUUAUUUAUUAUAUUGCUGACG